CGACGUCGGCGCUUGCGAAUGAAAACCGAGCUGGCACGCCCUCUAGCGCACUGCAUUGAUAAUGCUGGAGAAAGCAAAGUGUUUGUGUCAGCUUGUGAGCUGCAGCUGGACUCCAGCACAGAGGACUCAAGCAGCGGCCUGCUGAUCGAAGACAGGCAUGACUCCUCCCAUCCGCCCAGAUUCAACGGGACAGUGCUCGGCCCCACAUGGGACCAUGAGACUGACCACUUCUCACAGGAUCUCUCCCCUGGCUCUCUGAACUGUGCCCUGGCCAUGGACCCCACUGACAGGAUGAAACUCCAAGUGGCUGGUGACACCCUGGAUGCUAACACAGGAUGUCAGCCCGUGAAGCGUAAGAAGGGCCCAGCCCCGAAGAUGCUGGGGAACGAGGUGUGCAGCGUGUGCGGGGACAAGGCCUCGGGCUUCCACUACAACGUGCUGAGCUGCGAGGGCUGCAAGGGCUUCUUCCGCCGCAGCGUGAUCAAGAGCGCGCAGUACGCCUGCAAGAACGGCAGCCGGUGCGAGAUGGACAUGUAUAUGCGCCGCAAGUGCCAGGAGUGCCGGCUCCGCAAGUGCAGGGAGGCGGGCAUGCUGGAGCAGUGCGUGUUAUCGGAAGAGCAGAUCCAGUUAAAGAAGAUGAAGAGGCAGGAAGAUGAGACGGCCAGGGCGUCGACCCUGCCCCAGAAUCACUUUCCAGGGGCAGAAGCACCCAAGCUCGCACCCGAGCAGUUAGAGAUGAUCGAGAAGCUGGUGGCAGUUCAGAAGCAGUGUAAUAAGAGUUCCUUCAUUGAUCGCCUCAAAGUAACGCAGCCCUGUUGGUUUUUAUCCCGACAGCCGUGGCCUCAGAGCCAGGACCCGCUGAACCGGGAGGUGCGGCAGCAGCGCUUCGCUCACUUCACAGAGCUGGCCAUCAUGUCUGUGCAGGAGAUCGUGGACUUCGCCAAGCAGCUGCCUGGAUUCCUGGAGCUCACCCGCGAGGACCAGAUCGCACUGCUCAAAACCUCCACCAUCGAGAUUAUGCUGUUGGAAACAUCCAGGAGAUACAACCCAGCCAUAGAGUGCAUCACCUUCCUCAAGGACUUCAGCUACAACAAGGAAGACUUUGCAAAAGCAGGUCUGCAGUUGGAGUUUAUCAACCCCAUCUUUGAGUUCUCCAAGGGGAUGAACGACCUGCAUUUAGACGAAGCCGAGUUCGCCCUUCUGAUUGCAAUCAACAUCUUCUCUGCAGACCGCCCGAACGUGCAAGACCACGAUUUGGUGGAACGGUUCCAGCAGCCGUACGUCGAUGCACUUCAUUCCUACACCAGGAUCAAGAGGCCAAAUGAUCACCUGAUGUUCCCCCGCAUGUUGAUGAAGCUGGUGAGCCUUCGCACCCUCAGUAGUGUCCACUCGGAGCAGGUCUUCGCUCUGCGGCUCCAGGACAAGAAACUGCCGCCUCUCCUGUCUGAAAUCUGGGACGUCCACGAAUGACAACAGCACCUCCUCACCCCUGCGCUGUAUCCGAGGGGCCUCCUCCCAGAAAACAACUCUCUUUCUCCUGUUUCCUUGGAGUGAAGUGAGGCUGUGCCAUGCCACGCGGUUACUCUCCAUAGCCACAGAUCACAAGAAACAUUGUCUUAAACCCUGGGAAUGGCAAAGCCAAACUACAACUGUAAAAACAGACACAAAGGAAGCAGGCACAUGUACAGCAAGGCAAAGCCUGGCAGUUGUGGCUGCACUGUUAUUUUAUAUUUCAUUUCCAGAUACAUACUAACCUUGCAUACCGCACCCCUCACUGCUGCAUUUUCCGCCAUUGGAUGUAGACACAGUCAGGUGUUGAAAGAGUUGAUUCCUGGUCCUUCUUUCUCUGAGGCUGUGGUGGCACAUGAGAUUCGCUUCAUUUGCAUGUUGCUUUUUCCAUGGGCUUGCCACCUGUCUCUAACAGGAGCUGUGAGGUUGAUCAACUAUAGGUGAUCUCUGAGGAGUUUGUUUUCAAGCAGGAUGUUCAUUACUCCAGAGUAAUGGUCAAGGCAAAAAAAAAAACCCACACUAAUUCAGAGGCUGUGUAGGUCAUCACACUCUGUGGAAUUAAUAGAGUGUACAACCUUAUGGAAACCUUUCAAAGAAUGUUAAUGUUACAGAUUUACACCUGCCUACACAUAUGUAAAAGCAGGCCUUUUUUGUCAAUUUUUUUUAAAAAUGCAUGAAACCAGGCCAGCACCAUUUUGCUUGAGUAUUUCCUUACUGUUACCAUGAUACUAAAGAACAAUAAAGUUGCAGCAGACUGCAAUAUUGUGACGUUUGCCAUAUUUGUUUACUAUUGGUAUCCAUUUAAGACGCACAAGAGACAGAAAUACAGGGACGUGGAGCUGGAAUCCAGCAGUAAAUCGUGUGGAUAGAGGCUGCAGGAAGGCUUGUUAGGUUUCUGGGUUUCAGCCCAGUCUGUCAGGACAAAACCAAAAAGAGCCAUUCAAAAUCCUUUCCAAUCUGCAGCUGCUCCAAGACCAGGCUCCAUCAUAGAAGUAACAUUGUGUUCUUUAGAGCAAGCUGUUUGACUUCAUUUGAUUGCAUUUCCUACCUUUCCUUUGCCUUUUUCUGAUGUUUGCAAUCCCGGUGAGUGCUUUUGGGUUCUGUUGAUCCAACACUGAGGUAUUCCAACUGCCUCGGACUCAACAGACUUUCUCACUCCUGCAACAAAGUGCCUUUUCGUGGUCUGCUCAGUGCUAAGCAGUUUAUCAACACAAGCGGGAAUCAAGUUUGAAUCCAGGGAAAGGUAGAUUCAGCGAAACAUUCCGAUUACUAAGUGAAGGAGCAACAGAACCACACAUCAUAAAAACUCAAGGGGCAAGUGGAACAAGGAAAUAGAAUGGCAUUUGAACCGGCUAGCUCUUUUAUUAGGAAUGUUUAAGCAAGGCGUUAAGGCAUUGCUUGUGUCUUGUGCCGAUUUGGGAUUCUGAUCGCUCUACACUCUAUAAUGUGUUGGAGGAAGGACGGCAAGUUCAAGUUGGCAGUGCUGCCCAAAGAAUUUUCUUUUUCCUGAGCAUUCACUUUCUAGGAAUUCAGUAGGAGUGAAUACGUUAUUGUUCGUUGGCGUGGACACUUUCUGUUACACACCAGCCUGCAGUACAUGUCAUCUUCCCUAAACAUAACCCUACCACCAGACUCCUUGGUUGGGUAGCGCCUUCGACAGUGCAGUAGCACUUACACAAGAGGAGCAGUGCAGGUGUAGUCUGUCGUCAAAGAAUGUGAAACUACACGCAAAAAACAAACUAAGGGAUGAAAUAAGAGGGAACAGUGAAUACAACGGUUUACAGUGGGCUAUGGCCAACAUUUAUCAAUGCAAAAUGUUGUUUUUCUUCAAUGUGUUAACAUAUUGAAGAGUCACUGUUAUCUUGCAUCUUUUGUAGUCUGUUUUAACCAGGGGAUUCUGAUAUUGACAUAAACAGGGCUCUAUUCACUGAACUUUGUUAAGGAACGUUUAUUUUCGUCCAUUUUGAUUCAUUAAUUCAAGUUUGCAGUUUGUUUGUUUUUUUUUUUUUUUAACGAUGGUUAAUCUAAGACAAUGUUUUUAAACAUGUUUCCGUUUCACCUGCAAAUAGGUCCUGCUUUCCAGCCAACAUUAUGCCCACAGAUUGACAUUUGCAAGUCAAAGAGGGCUUGACAAACAGAUCUCUCCCCUCACAGCAACUUUUGGCAUUACUAAAUUGCACAGAAUAGCUGUUAGUUAUGCAAUUUGUUAUGCGGGGGUUCUGGUUCUACAGAAGGGUUCUGCAAACCUAGAUUCUGUUCAAAUUAGCUUCUCACGGUUGCAACAAACUUAUUUAAUGUAAAGUCACUGCCCAUUUAAAUUGGCUUCAUAUCAAAGUGGUUGAACAAUCACAAUAAUUAUUAUUCUCUAAAAUACACAUUCCAAUUCCUUCAAAGGAAUAGGAACGUGAAUUGAAAUUGGGAAUUCAUUUCAAAAAAGGAAUUGAAAAUUGGUAAUUGCAAAAAAAAAAAAAAAAAAAAAAAAAAUUACCCCAACCCUGGUGUAACCAAUAACUUGUCCCCCUGGUGUAACCAAUAACUUGUCCCCCUGGUGCAUGGAAGAAAGACAUCAGAGCAGAAAUGUGUGUUUUUAAACUGCAAGCUGCUUUGAGCAAGUUGCUCUUAGUUCUCGUCAACUAAAUA